AUGAAAGAAAUUAGUUCCAAAGGUAUUGAUGCAUGGAUUGGCUCCCUUGCCUACGGCCUCUCGAUGACCUUUGGCCCAUUUAGCAGCGUUCUGAUUGGUCGCCUUGGCAACAGAGUCGUCAUGGUGUCGGGUGGCGUCAUCUGCACCGUGUCACUGGUGGCGUCCUCUUUUGUGACGUCACUCAACGUCAUGUUCGCAACGUUCUCGUUCUUGUACGGAAUCGGCACAUGCAUGUGCACGGUGCCCACCAUGACAAUAACGCCGGCAUACUUCGACAAAUACCUCGGCGUAGCAACGGGAAUAACUGUAUCCGGAAUUAGCUUCGGCACGCUCCUCAUGAGUCCACUGUCGCAGGUUAUUAUCGUCAAUGACGGCUGGCGAACAGCGUUCCGCGUGUUCGCGGGUUUCCUCUGUGAUCAAUAUAAUCCUCAACUCACAGAUUCGAGCCCCGGCGCACAUGAAGGGACGCCGGACCGAGGGUUGGAGUCUGGUCCAGGACCUGCAGAUCUGGAAGAACUUGGUGUUCGUCGUCUGGACAGUGGCCAUCGCGCUGGUGAUGUUCGGCUUUUAUAUUCCCUAUGUGCUCUUGGUAUCGUGUUGUACGUGGUGGUGGUGGGCUUGGCUGACGGGUGUUACGCCGUGCUACUGCCCAUCCCCACGACGCACCUUGUUCUACCAAACGCGCGUGCUCUAUACGAUCUGACCGGAAGUUACAACGUGGCUUUCCACUGCGCAGGCGUUCCGAUUCUGACGGGGGCGGCGCUGCUCUUCCUCGUCCCCUGGGCACAGCGCACAUCCAAUGAUACUCCAUUCAUUUCAAUUGUAACGGAGAUUCAGGCAUAUCCGUCUGCCUCUCGCGUCAUCCUGGGGGCUUCACGCCUUAAAGACACUGAGAGCAUUCCCGUGCACGCGCCCCACGUCGCCGUCAGUACCGCCGGUAAUUCCACGGUAAGCAGCUAUGUCGGUGCCUCAGACAAGGCAACGAGCACGGAGGGCAUCUCUCUGUCAUCGAAUCUUGAUUACGCCCUUUCGCAGCUCGGGUCCAAUACGCACCCCUCGGAUGAGAAUCGUAUGCGCGCCCUCGACAGUCGUGCCGGAAGUAUCGCCAUCGGCUUCAUGUCGUCUGAGGUGAUUUUGAGAAUCUCCCCAACGUCGUCAGAAUCGGGGCGGUGUAAGCGUCAGGAAGGGAAGCGAUGCACUUCCGACGGCAGCCGACAGGCUUGCAGAGAUAGGCUGCACGAAGACACCGAGCACAAAAUUCCGGUCGGAAAUGGCUUCUUGAACGGCACCUGCAUCGCAUCAGAUCCCUACUCGUGCACCCAGAAUAAUAGCACGUGCGACAGUAGCACUCUCCGAUGCGCAUGCGUGGACGGAUUUACCCUUUUACAGGACGAAAGGAAUAACAUGGAAUGUGUCGCCCCGGGCAGUCCGGGUGCGCCGUGUAUUGAUGACGACACGAGCGCACGGUGCUCGGAACACGACAGCUUUUGCUCUGAAGCUGGUAUCUGUGAAUGUUCUUACGGGAGCACUCUCUUAAACUUCUAUUGUAAACCAGACUGCGGGAAACUCCCCAACAUCACCAAUGGUUACGUGGAUAUCGUGAAGGACCCGGAGCGAGAGGUGAUCGAGGCGUUCUACGGGUGCCAUGAUGGGUACAUGCUACAGGGAGAUACCGUCAGGAUGUGCAUGCAAGACGGAACGUAUAACGGUUCACAACCGUUCUGCAAUCUCAGGGGUGUUGAUUGCGGUUUUGAGGACCUGUGUAUUACCCAACCCUGCCCGAGGUCGGCCUUAUACUGUGUCCAUACAAAUGGUAGCACGAGUAGAGCCUGCAUCUGCCCGUUGGGAUUCAAGGGCGAUGAUUGCUCCACCGGUGACGUUCCCGUCACAUGCGAAGACCGUAAUGUCACGAUACGCCUGGAUUUAUCGCCCCCUACGAGGACCCCUGUAUGCCUGCCCAAGGCAGUCUCCAAGCAGGGGGACAUCUGCUUCAACCCAGGGGAAGGGAUUUUGUAUGAAGCACUACCUGUUGGCAUUUCUGUUGUCAAUGAUACCGAUGCUUGGUAUUGCGUCACUUUAUCUGAUGACCAACCCUCGUCUGCAAGUACUUGUAUCGAUCUCACGGCAUUUGAAGCAGACGACAUCAAACUUCGGCCCUGGAUAAAUGCCACCGUGGGCAUCUGCUUCAUCCUGAAUACCCCUCCCCUGUUCCAGCCACCCUCGGGUAGUCUCGUUUACAACAUUCGCGACAUGGGGGCGAACGCCACCAUCGUCCUGAGUGCGUCUGAUCUUGAACAGCAGACGAUAAAAUAUGACGUCAUGGAAGUGAUCCCCUCCAUGUUUAAAGACUUGUUUUCCGUGCAAGGAAACAACCUGGUGGUUCUUAACCCUGGUUCGGCCAUGACAACUGCAAGCUUGGAUGUCGGAGUAAAAAUUCAGUUGACGGACAACGGCGUCCCAAGCCUCUCGUCCAAUGGCUACCUGAACAUCCGGUUCGUGAACGAGUCCAUGACCUGCAGCGUGUCAGUCGAUCCGGUACUCGUGCACGUGGCUCCCGGGCAGACCGGCCCUUCUGCUACCCUGGCGAAUAUAAAUUGCACUACAAAUGGGUCUCCAGUAAAGUCUGCUGUGUAUCAGAUUCCAGUAAUAACAGGUGAGACUCAACCACUGUUGGUGGAUUCAGCGACUGGUGCUCUCAGGUAUAACACGAGCUUGACCAACCCUGUUAAAACCAAUGUCACCGUUACAGUCCAGGCCGACGUUGGUGACGUCAAGUUGAAACGUGACGUCACAUUUGUAGUGAUUACUGGUGACCUUUCACCCACAUGUACCCCCGGGCCUUCCGCCUCCGCACCAAUUGCCAGCUUCAAAGAGGACGUUUCACCUACCAGCACGUGCAGUGACGUGCUUUACACUUGCACAGAUUAUGCAAACUUGAUUCGACGUUGCGACCGGAGUUCAGUAGUUGAUUUUGAGAUUCAGUGCAUAGAUGGUGCAUUGACGGAGGUUAAAGUCUGCGUGGCACAGUCUCUUCAGGGAAAUCCAAGGACAAUCAAUGUUACCAGCUCCAUUUCAAACACUUUUGGCGCGAAAUCGCUUGUUGUCAUCGUCAAUGUGACAAACGUAAAUGACAGGCCAGUAAUAACUGCGUCAAACGGGAGUGACGUCAUCAGACUUAACGUCUUUGAGAACGUGACAGUUGGAACGUCAAUUUCGACAUUGGCUUUUUUCGACCCAGAUGUUGCGUAUUCCCCAGCCAACGAUAAACUAACUGCUAGUCUAACAGACAACAACGGCGUCUUACAGGAAAAUCUUCCAUUCGCGGCCGUCGUCAACGGACAACAAAAUGCCAUAUCUCUGUUAUUAUCAACUCCACUGACACAGUCUAAACUGAAAAGCUUCGGGUUUCAGUUGAAAGUGUCCGACAGACUAGGCCUGUCAGACAAUGUCACAGUAAACAUAACAGUCGUAGACGUCAACCAACCGCCUAUUUGUGACAGCCCCUUGAACGCGUCCGCCUCUGUUAGGGACCCAGUGGACUUUGUGGUGACUCAGGUCAGAUGCACGGACCCCGACUUCAGCCCACAGUUUUCCGCUGUUGACUACGUCCUCGAAGGCUUCGAUAGUCUGGACUAUCAGCGGUUUUCGAUAAACAAAACCGGACACAUACGGAUUGCUCAAUCGCUCGCUAAUAUGACCUCCUCGAACGCAUCGGUGACGUUUAGAAUUAUGGCGAUUGAUGGCGGGGGACUCACGACAACCGUCAUUGUUAACGUCCGGAUAAGUAAUUCGUUCCCUCCCGAAUGUAACAAUGGAAACUUCGUAUUUGAAACUGCAAAAAGUGAGGAGACGCUGUCCAACGUUUGCUUCACGGUUUCCACUAACUGCACGGAACCAGUAAAGGGCGAGGCUAUCCUGUACUCGUUUUCCGGGGGUAACGGCACGGCGCUGUUUAGACUUAAUGCAGACGCCGGUUCGAGCAGUAACUUGCUGAUGUCCGUCUGCACAACAACCAAUCUGCAGAAUAAAUACGGCACAUAUGAGAUCACCGGCGCUAUCCGUUCCUCAUACGGCGAGAGACAAUUUCGCCUACGAAUAAACGUCAACGACGUCAAUGACCCUCCGGUUUUCAUACCGAUACACGGGUUCUCGACAUUGAUUGGUGAGAACGUCCCUGUUGGACACACAAUAUUCAGAGUUUCUGCGGCAGAUCCGGAUUCCGGACCUUUCGGGAUUGUUACGUACACCCUUGAACCCACAUCUCCAUUCAAUAUUGACGUCAACACUGGCGAGAUCUCAGUGAUAAGCGUACUGGAUGCGGAAGUUCGCACGUUUCACAUACUGAUCGUCAAGGCGACGGACGGUGCUCCUAUACCAUUACAGACGACAGCAACCGUAACCAUAACGAUCAAGGACAUUAACGACAACCCCCCUGUGUGCGAGACGUCGAGUGUGUCCGCCCGUCUGGAUGUUACGGCACCCGUUGGCACGUUGGUCGCCUCUCUAGUCUGUAACGAUGCCGAUGUGUCAGACGACUUUAAACAACUCAGAUACGCCAUCCAAUUGCCGACUUCAGGGUUUACGGUCAAUCAGACUGGUCACGUGACGAUAGCCAGCGUUUUACCACGAGAAAUCACCGAGCAUGUCAUACUUAUCAAGGUCACGGACGUCAACAUGACAAGCAACGCUAACUUUACGAAGACGGUCACCGUUACCUUGGCGGUUAACAACAAAAUCCAGCCCGUUUGUAAGCCAGCGUCUGUGGCAAAGACACUUCCCGAAAAUUCGAUCGUCGGUUCCUGUCUAGAUGCCGAACUGUUUUGCGAAGAUCCGACGAACGGAACGCCAACGCUGGUCGCCACAUCCGGGUCUGCAAGCACCUUACUGGAGAUUCGAACACAUAACCCCGGUACCAAGUUGGGUCUCAACGCUUGUAUUUUGUCCAGCCUGAACGGUCGAGUGGGGAAGUAUGAGUUAUUCGGAAUCGUAACCAACGGCCUUGCCAACACGACGUUAACGUGGACAUUCACCGUCACGAACGUCAAUGACGCGCCAAUGUUUUACGGUGCGCCUUACAACGUUACGGUGGACGAACUCAAGCCGGCAGAUACGGUGAACCCGAUACUCGUGUUGUCCGUCGGCGAUCCGGAUACGGGGUUGGGGAACCAGACGUUUGAACUGGUUUCCGUGGAGGCUGAGUUGACAAACAACGCCCAGUUCAACAACGCGGCAUCUUCCUUGUUGUUCUAUGUCCCCAAGGUGUACUCUUUCUACGCCCUCACGUUGAACGCUACGGAGAGGAACCUUUAUACGUUCCGCGUGAAUGCGUCGGACGGCGCAGGUUUGAGCGCCAUAACCUAUGUUUACGUUCACGUCCGGGACUUGAACUCGGCUCCAGUCUGUGGGCCCAACAGUGUUUACAAUAGCAGCAUCGACAUCCUGGCUGUGCCGGGAAAACAGCUGAUUCAGCUUCGUUGCUGGGAUACCGAUAUCGACACGAAAAAUAAGCGUUUACAGUACGCUAUAACCGGGGGCGACGCCGAUAAAUACUUUAACGUAACGGCCGACGGCGUCGUAGUGGUUGGCAAGCCUCUGCCGCGUAACCUUCUCUACCAAAACGGAAGUACGGUGCUAAGAAUCAGAGUUCAGGACAGUGCUGACGUCCCAUUAGAUGCAAACGUGACGGCAAUCAUCAGUGUUGAUAAUAAGAUCCCUGCCACAUGCUCUCCGGGUUUCACACCCCCUGGGGUCUGGGUCCAGGGAAGAUGUGCCAUCAUCACUAUGGAUUGCACCGAUCCCACAAUGGUGACGCAAACCCAUUUGACGUACUUGCUGUCCGGUAACUAUACUCAGGGAUUUAACAACGGUACUGUGGAGGGCAACAAAAUAACUAUGUGCUAUAAGCUGGUACAAAGCGGCAAAUUUGAGAUUAUUGUGGAUGUGGAUAAUGGCCUCAGCAACGCCACAUAUCGGCAGUCGAUCGACGUCAACUACUCUCAGGCGACGCCAGUUUUUAGCGCCUCUAGAUACGACAGAAACGUCAAUGAGACAGUCGCCGUUGGGUCGUUGGUUUUCACGGCGUCAGCAACGUCAGAAAAUCUGAUAGGCUCUAUCGUUUAUCGAGUUCGAGCCGCGGAGCCAGAUAAUGCCUGGAACCAAUACUUCAAGUUUGAUGGCACAUCCGGUAUUCUGUUCACUAAUAGCUCAUUGAAACCGCUUGCGGACAAGCAGUAUGUUCUCAAGAUAGAGGCGGAAGACACCGGAUCAAAACUGAAGUCCGAAACAAGUCUGCAGCUGAGCAUAAUUGACAUAAACGAGCCGCCGCAGUGCAACGUGAACGCAAUCAACGUCAACAACGUCCCAGUUGACGUUGACGUCGGUACCGUCUUGGUCACAUUUGCGUGCACCGACGCUGAUACGAAACCGGCAUUCUCGACUCUUCAGUCGUCUUUACAAUCAGACACCCAGUCGUUCCGUCUCAAUGCUACGGGACUAUCCGGUUCCAUAGAAACCAGCGCCCUUUUAGGGGUCAUGCAGGGGUUAUACACAGAGACCUUAAAGGUCCAGGAUGAAGGUGGACUGCAGUUUGUCAAGGUCAUCAACAUUACCGUAAACCUUUUACCACCGCCUGUGAAAGUGAAGGUAACGGAAGUAAGCCACAAUCACGCCAAGGUCACAUGGUCAUAUGAACGCCCAGAUUUCACAAAGGUCACCAACAGCUACGUUGUCACUCUCAAAAUGGCGGGAGGAUCGGCCAGUAAUUUCAGCCUGACAGUAUCAGACCCACCGGAGAUGCGACUAGUAGAUUUGCAACCGGAAACCAACUACUCUGUUGUGGUGACUGCCGUGACCGUGUAUGGCCGGCGCCCCUCGUCUGCGAUUGAUAUCAAAACUCUCGCUGUUCCGGUACUGAGUCACGUGACAGCGACAAUUCGUGCGCUGCAGAUUACGUACGAUGAGAAACUACGCGAUCCGGAAAAGACAUACUAUUUCGAAACAGUAACUUUCGUACGGGCGCAACUUGAGUUCGUAUUAAAGCAGCCACGAUUCAAAGGAUUUGCGAGCCUUGCAAUAAAAGGUUUCAGACCUGCAAACAGCAUCUACGUAGAUUUUGUCGUGGCGGUGAACCAGUCAGGAAGCGCUCAGGAGACGAUUGCGCAACUCAACGCCACAGUGACCUCCGGGUGGAUGGGGAACAUGUCGGUCGACUCCUCCUACUUUGUAGUCACAUCUGGAGAUAAGUACAUCAAAAUCAAUAACGUAACGUUUCGCCCGGUGAACGUUUACAACGGAACGAAUGUCGAUCUCACAUGUAACGUGGUAACCGUCGGUUACAACGCCAGCGACCCGAUCAAGAACUGGUGGACGUUUAAGGGGGUUCAGAUCCGGCCAACGGACGGCUCUAGAUUCAACAUUACGAGUUCGAUACCCGAUCCGAAGAUUCCGGAGAACAGGCAGUUUACGCUUAGUAUUGAGCCAGCCCUGAACCAUCACGACGGAGCAUAUGAAUGUCACGUUCAAGACGCACCCGGUAACCAAUCAGAUGUCGCCAGGAUUCAACUUCCGGUCAUCGCCCAGCCGACAGUUCUUAUUGAACCCACUAACGUCAGCAUUUUGUAUGACGCCAGCGUUAACGUCACUUGCAUAACCGUGAUGUCGUAUAAGACGUUCAAUGACUUUCUAUGGUUUAGAAAUGGACAACUAUUUCAACCAAAUGCUUCCGCCGUAACUGUUGGCAACGAACAUGCAACCUUGACCAUUUCCGGCGUCAAAGAGAACGUUGUAUACGCAUGCGCAGGGCGUAAUAUCGCAGGGAUUGGGCCAAUGGUUUCAAUGUCCAUCCAUGUCCGGCCUAAACCUAACGAACCAGUUAAGUGUCCGGAAAACAAGGAUCUGCAGGGAACCACAUGGCCGGAAACGGUUCCAGGCAACACUGUAACUUUCCGGUGCCCCAACGAUAGUACCGGGGAUAUUUCACGUAACUGUAGCGCCACUGGCCUCUGGGAGUUGCCUGUCUAUGCGUGCGUUCGGAUCGCUAUUAAGACCAUUUGGGAUACGGUCAACAACAUCAAAGACGGCGCAAGUUCAGUAAAUCUCUCCAGCGUUCUUGGCGACCUUUCUGACGUCACUAAGGACACCAACCUUUAUCAGGGUGACAUUGAUACAACCAUGAACACGUUGGAUACCGUCGUUUACAUAAUGGACCAGCAGACUAUCAAAGACCCGGACACCGAGUGGGAUUUCCUGACAAUUGCUAGCAAUCUUAUAGAUGAGCGAAACCAACCAUCAUGGCAGACACGAAUAGAACGGAAACAAUUGGGCGCUAUCGACGUUCCACAGCUGGUGGAACGAUUCUUAGACCAGAAGUUUGACCAACUACAAGCUGACAAGAUGCAGACCUUCCCCGUGAAAAACAUAUAUGUAAACAUGGGACAAGGAAAAAGGUCUAACUACCAGUUUCCGGACAGAACCAGCGACACACUUCCGGAUUGGCUGAAGGCGACACAGACGGGCAUCAAUAUUCCGGCACAGGCUUUCAACGGUCUUCCAUCUUUGCACUACGCCAGUUCCUUCUACAGAAACAUUACACCCAUACUGGUCAAGAAACUGAUGACAAAUGGAGUGGUGGAGACUAUGAAAAGCACUAUGGACAUCAACAGUGACAUUGUGGCCUUUCAAAUAAAAGAGAGUGGGUCUGUACUUGACCCGCCCGCGGAAAUAACGUUCCAGCAUUUCGAUAGCAAUUACUCGAAUCCUAUUUGCUGUUAUUGGAAUUUUACUACCGGGACGUUUGUGAGGGACGGUUGCAAACUCGUUUCUACCUCCGCUGAGAAGACAGUCUGUGCGUGCAGUCACUUCACAAACUUUGCCAUUCUAAUGAGUCCCGGGAGAGCGAGUCCAGCCGAUGUGAAGGCUCUGAGCAUCAUAUCUGCAGUGGGAUGUGCCAUCUCCAUCUUCUGUCUAGCGAUCACUGUUGUUGCAUAUCUACUCGUUUGGAGAUACGUCAAGAGCGACCGGGCCGUAUUGUUGUUAAGUCUGUGUGUUGCCCUGAUUAUAUCGUACGCCCUAUUUUUGGGAGGUGUAGACAGAGUUGCAAACGAGGCUGCGUGCACAGUGAUCUCGGCCCUAUUGCACUACUUCUACCUUGUCGUGUUCUUCACGAUGCUCGCGUAUGGCGUCGAGAUUGCCAUUUCCGUCAUCUACGUCUUCGAGACGGACUCACGGCUUAAGUGGCUACUGCCAGUCGCGUGGGGCGCUCCAGUCAUAAUUGUUGCCGUGUCUCUAGGCGUUACGAAAACAGAAGGAUAUGGAAACGAUGAAUUUUGCUGGUUAUCUGUUGAGGAUGGCGUACUAUGGGCGUUUGUUGGACCAGCACUGUGUAUUAUUCUAAUAAACACUAUUAUUGUCAUAACAGUUAUACAUAAGAUGUUCAAAUCAUCAGCGAUGAUGACGAAAUCAGAUAAGGAAAAGGCAAGACUUGGUGUAAGAAGUAUAUGCGUGUUAUUGCCGAUACUAGGAAUUACUUGGGUGUUUGGAGUGUUCUCCGUCAACGAACAAACCGUUGCCUUCCAGUAUAUCUUUGCAGUAUGCAAUGCACUGCAGGGUGUGCUGAUUUUCGUCUUCCACUGUGUAUUCAACAAACAGCUAAGACAAGGGCUGAAGCAAAGAAAUGUACGCAAGAAGACACUGGCUUCCAUUGAAAAAGAUUUCAAAAAUCAGCAGUCAACGGGAUACACAUCUGUGGAUCCAAAGUCAAGUGGCUACUCAAAUGAGUCUGAAUCAACAACCACGAAUCCUUUCUUGAUGGCCGACCGACAAAUGAAGGAGCUUACUAAGAACAAGAAAGGCGGGUCGAAUAUCUACGACAAUAACGUCAACAACCAGAAAGAGGCACCAAACAAGGCAGUGGACUUGGAUGAUGUUAAGAUAUCCAACAUUCUGAGAGAGUCGGAAGUCAUGUCUGGGACGGCAGGAAUAUCCUCUAUACUAGACGUCGAUAGGAAACCCGAUCGUUCAGUACAGACCCCUGAGGAAGAAAAUAGUCUGAGACAGUCGCAGGGGUCUCAAAAUAUCAGUUCGAGUUACGAUCGGCUAGAUACGGGGAUCAGAGAUUCACAUAAAUACAUGGAUGUGGUGGCGCAAACAAAAACAUCUUCGAAGGAUAGUUGGAGUGAUAGAAGCAGAAACAAGCGACAGGGCACGGAUGACGAAAAAUUACGCCAGCAAGAAAUUGCGAAAGCAAAAAAGAUCGAAAAGGAAAAGCAAGAACGAGACGAGAAGCUGAGAAAGGAAAACGAGGCAAGGCAAAAGGAACGCCUUGCCAUGGAACGCAAAGAACGCGAACGUGAAGAGGAGCGUCAACGUCGUGAUCGUCACGGCAAAAGUAACGUGCCCCAGAUCCGUAUAGGUUAUGAACGGCCUGAGGACCCGUAUUCCAGUGGGUCUAAGCUGUCAAAGAAUAGCCGAUCAAGCCGCUCUGACGAUGAUUACGAGGGUGGCUCAGCACAAAAUAUAUCUUCAAUAAGUACAGCGCUACCUCAGAAAUAUGAACACAGUGCUGGUCGGAAAAAGAAGGACAGCAGCAGAAGUGAAUCAAAGAAAACCAGCAGUCUUCCAAAGAGCAAGAAGGACAAGAAGAAAGGUUCGCACUCGAAGGACAGGUCUCGACUUUACGAAUACCCUUACGAGGGCACGUACCUAGGCGGUCAGUCCCGGCACGCAAGCUUAGAGAACAUGAAUAUGCAACCACAAUACGGGUACAGUCCCUAUGGUCACGGUGUGGGCGCCGCUGGCUACCAGACAGGACGCCCGUCCCAUCAGAAACAACAGUGGGGUCAGUACGGAGACCCGUAUAGUUACUGUCCACAGGAGCCUUAUAGGGGCCAGCAGACAAAAUAUUGGUGAAUCAGCAACAUAUAUUUGGUUUUAGUUUUAGUUCGACGCGCAUCAAGAGAAGUUUUGUGUUAAUAGCGUCUGAAAUAUAAUCUAAAGAAAAACAAGUAUAUAAAGAUUUAAUACAUGUGAUAUGUUUAUAUAGAAAAAUGCUGAAAAGUUCAAAGAAAAAAAAACGGUCAUGAUCGUAUGUCUGUAAGUCGAUGAGCUGCAAACUUGUCCGUUGAAAUACUCCUACAUGUUUCAAUGUAUUCUAUCCUCACAUUGUAAGGGCUGCAUCUACCUUACGAACAUGUUCAUGGCAUUUUCAUUAUCCUACCUAUAUUAUAUCAAAAGUAGCUUAUGCCCAUGUUUCCAUUUAAUUUGUAUGUAUGAUUAUCAUAAUACCCACUUUCGACAUGUAGCGACAUACGGCAUCGGAGGGUAUAUAACAUUUCAGUGAACGUUCUUAUUGGUUUUGUAUACAUCACAUAUGUAAAAUCAUGAACAUUUUUAAGAGUGCAUUAUAUAUACAAUUUGUGUUCAUUUGUCUACGUUAAUUAAUAUUGUGUUACAAUUGUCUCUUAACUACCGUCUCUUUGUUUACCAAUCGCUAUACGUGAGCUACUGCAUUCCUAUAUUUUGAACGAUUAUAUCUUACAGUUUUAGACAAUGCACAUAAAAUCUGAAACGCCUGAGAUUAAAGGUAUGAAAUAAGCAAGUAUAAUUAUUUCUUAUAAAUUAUUACUUUAUACAAAGACAUGACUGAACUACUGUUAAAUCCGGUACACAAUUCAUAUAAAACACCCAAUUUGAAACUAAACAAAACACUGAAAGAACCCGUUCGAUAUAUUUUUAAUAGCUCUCGAUCUCUAUAAGCAAAAGGCCCUUGCAUUUACCCUUUGCUAUUAAUUCAAAUUAGUUAACACGUGUUUCACAAGUGAAAUAAUAUAACAACAUAUUUUUCAACUUUUUGAUUUUAUUCAUGGCUUAAAAGCAAUAUAUGGCAGGAAUGAAAUAUCAUAUUGUAACUGCUUAAAGCGUGAUUAUAUUCUUUUUCUUUGUUUUAUGUUCCUUUUUAAUGCAAGAUUAUUUACAUUUACAAAGGCCGAUGUUUAUAGCGAUUAAAUAGUGCGACAUUGUAUCUUG